AUGAACAACAAUUGGAUGACAUUGAUGGUCAAUCUACGUUCAGGUGGAAUACCAGAUUUGACAGAAGAAUACAUGUCAAAAAGAAGACAAAACCAAGGAUCUGAGAAUAGGACCCUGGAGAAUAGGACUUCAGAGCCCACAGAUUCACUGCCUACAUCUAUUACAGUCUGUAGAAGUGCUCCUGGAGCAUUUGAAAUAAACAAGAUGAUUUUGAAGGAAUCAGACAAGUCUAAUAAUACAUACAAAAACCUGGUUGAUGAAAUGUUAGAGAAUAUGAUUGACUCUAGUGACUAG